GUCCAAACGCGAAAGCGAAAAAGGAAAAACGGCUUCCCCUGCCACAAAGCGCCGCAGGCAUGGACGACGGCGCGAAGGAGCAGAGGGACCCCGCGUGGUGGGGCCGCCGAGCGUGGUCGCUCCUCUCGGCCGUCCGCGCGCGGGCGCCAUUGGUGCAGUGCAUCACCAACCUGGUCUCCAUGGACAUCGCCGCCAACGCGCUACUCGCCGCGGGGGCGUCCCCGGCCAUGGUUCACUCCCUCCGCGAGGUACCCGACUUCACCCCGCGCUGCGACGCCGUGUACGUCAAUGUCGGCACGCUUUCCGAGGACUGGCUCCCCUCUAUGCGCGCCGCGGCCUCGGCCGGCCGGCCAUGGGUGCUCGACCCCGUAGCCGCCGCCGCUUCCGGGUUCCGGAUGGAGGCCUGCGUUGAGCUGCUCGCGCUCCGCCCCGCCGUUGUCAGGGGUAACGCCUCCGAGAUCCUCGCGCUCGCCGACCGCUCGGUAGCCGCCGCGUCAAACUUUAAGGGUGCCGACAGUUCACAUGAGUCUGUGGACGCCCUUGAAGCUGCAAAAGCUUUAGCACUGUCCAGCGGCGCUGUCGUUGCAGUAUCUGGAGCUGUUGAUUUCAUCACCAAUGGUGAGAAGGUUGUCGGCGCAAGCAAUGGUGUGCCCAUGAUGCAAAAGAUCACAGCGACAGGGUGCGCUGUGACCGCCCUUAUUGCGGCUUUUGUUGCCAUCGAACCUUCAGAUGCCCUUGUCGCAGCAGCAUGUGCUCUCGCCAUCUUUGGCCUGGCGGGAGAGAUUGGGAUGGAGUCAUCUAAGGGCCCUGCCUCUCUCAGGAUGCACCUCAUUGACACCCUCUACUGCCUGGAUGAGGAAACGGUUACCUCUCGAGUCAGGAUUGCUCUACGACCAUGAUAUGCGGGCCUGCCAGGCUUUCCAGUUUCAGGUAAACGCAGAGUUUGGAAUAAUCACAGGCUGAUUUUGCUCUCUCUGUCUUUAUAACCAUGGUACGAAACAAAUCAGUCAAUUGGUCGUCGCUCGUCCUUGCAAACCAUAACGACACUCUUGUAACCCUCGUGACUGUACAAAAUUCAUAGUUGGGGUGGCCGUGCUUCAGCUGCAUGGUUUUAGUAGAAUACAACAAAAUGAGGAAGUUUGUUCUUGAUCAUCCAAUUAUAUCACUCUGUUUGUUUGUCAA